GGUGAAUGCGUUGUUCUUGCGAAAUGCACACGGCAAAAUUCAAUGGCCACAAUGCUUCUCUUCUCUAUCCAAUGCUGACGUGUGCUGAGUGUAUACUGCACCUUAUGAGCAUGGCUAAUACUCCCUCCGUUCCGAAUUACUUGCCGCAGGUAUGGAUGUAUCUAGAUGUAUUUUAGUUCUAGAUACAUCUAUUUCUGCGACGAGUAAUUUGGAACGGAGGGAGUAGUAAGGUGCUAUGUCAUCUAUAGUCAUUGAUAAAGUAGUGUUAACUACUAGACUGUUUCCUUAAAAGCUCACAGUGCUUUAAGAAAAGUAGCGUGCAUGACCUACUUUAUCAAUUGAGUAAGUUUCAGAAACUAAACCUUAAAGCUCACAGUGCCCUCAUACGGAAUCCAACUACUUUGUUGAUUGCGAUGCAAUAGGGCAGCUGGCACGGCUGGGCUGGUGCGAGCUUCCACAGCUUUGUGCCCGUGCGAAUUUUUGUUUUUGUGGGGAGAAAUAGCUGCCGCUGUGUCAAACCAAAGGAGACAGUCUAGGAUGCCCAGAAGAUAUUUAUGGAUAGAAUAUUACACGUGUCUGGACUCGGUGCAAGAAUUUUAUUGAUUCUUCCAAUAAUUUUCUUCAGUGGAAGCAGGCAUCUUGGUUGGUCCACCACAAACACGAGCUUAACCGUGCAACGCAUAUGGAUAAGCACGAGCAAGACAUGCAUAUGCAUGUAUGUAGGCUGCGUGAAAGCUCUACUGCUCUUAACCGUGCAUGGGUUCUUUAGAAAUAGCCAUUUCUCGGCCAGACAUGCAUUAUCAUUCAUUGGUUGACCGAUCUGGAAAACCACAAUCCACAUUGGUUGCCGCACUAGCAUGUUUUGGGUACUUCGGUGCUGAUUAAUUGGAUGUAUAGAAUCGACUGGCACCUCACCAGUGGCGUCCAGCCGAGGUAGGCCCGAGACGUGGACGGUGGAUAGCCAGCCUCUCUCCCCGCUCUAUAAAUCACGGGCACACCAAGCUUCCCUUCCAAAGCAGAACAAGCGCGGAUCUGAGAGCAGAUGAACUCGAGGUAUUUCGUUGAGUGAGAUCAUCACCAUGUCGUGCUGCGGAGGCAGCUGCGAGUGCGGCAGCGGCUGCGGGGGGGCUCGAUGUGGGGGACGAUUCAUUGACUCAUUGUACGGCCAUGAUGACAUCCACGGCCUGGAUUACUGGGCUAAGAAGUGCGCGGAUUAUUUGUUGUCAGAGCCACCUGAUAUGAGCAGGAUGGAGAGCUCAGGGACGACUGCUCGCAGGAGAGCCGCUCAUUUAAAAAUCCUGCUCUUGCAUGGAGACGAUGAUCCUCAAGUACCAUACGAAACCAGUAUAUGGUACGCUAAGUUUCUGCGAACCUCAGGCUUUUCAGUGGAUUUUAGAACCUUCAACAGACUGCAGCAUUUUUGGACAUACCGUGAGAUGGAUUAUGUCAAGCAGUGGCUCCGCCCUAGGAUCACAGUGCCCAGAAUCACAGUGCCCAGACGCCAUGGAAGGCUGUAGUUUAGUACUCCCUCUGUAAAGAAAUAUAAGAUCGUUUAGAUUACUAAUAAAGUGAUCUAAACAAUCUGAAAGGCUGUAGCUUAGUAGUAAAAGUCGUACCACCAUUACUAGUAUAGUAAGUACUAAAGAGGAUGGCAGUAUUGUAUGGCAGUAAGUACUAAAGAGGAUGAACAAUUGCAAUUUCCAGUGAA